GUCAGCACGCCCGCGCGCGCCGGGGGAGGAGUGGGAGUCGCUGGCCGGGAAGGGCUGAGGCUCCGGUAACCCCGGCAGGGCGGGGGGAGAGGGAGGGGCGGGGCAGGAGCCCCCUGGAGUGCGGGGUCGUGGUCCGGACCAGGAGCGGGAGCCCUAGACACGCUCAGCACCGCUUCCUCUGCCAGCAGGCCCCGCCCGGCCCGGCGAUGGAGUUUCCGGACCUCGGGGCUCACUGUUCCGAGCCGAGCUGUCAGCGCUUGGGUGAGGGGCGGAGCGCGCGGGGGGCCGGGCCAGGCCGAGCGAGGCUUGGAGUUGCAGAUUUUCUGCCGCUCAAGUGCGACGCCUGCUCCGGCAUCUUCUGCGCAGACCAUGUGGCCUACGCCCAGCAUCACUGUGGAUCUGCUUACCAGAAGGAUAUCCAGGUACCUGUGUGCCCACUCUGUAAUGUGCCUGUGCCUGUGGCCAGAGGGGAGCCCCCUGACCGCGCUGUGGGGGAGCACAUCGACCGAGACUGUCGCUCAGAUCCAGCACAGCAAAAACGUAAGAUCUUCACCAAUAAGUGUGAACGCUCUGGCUGCCGCCAGCGGGAAAUGAUGAAACUGACCUGUGAGCGCUGUGGCGGAAACUUCUGCAUCAAGCACCGUCACCCACUGGACCAUGAGUGCUCUGGGGAGAGUCACCCAACCAGCCGGCCAGGACUUGCCGCCAUCUCCAGAGCACAAGGUCUGGGUUCUUCUACAAGCACCGUCCCCAGCCCAAGUCGGACGUUGCCUUCAUCUACCUCUCCCAGCAGAGCAACAGCCCAGUCUCCAUCCAGGUCAGCCCCCCCAGUGAUUGCUCUGCAGAAUGGCUUGAGUGAGUAUGAGGCUCUGCAAAGAGCCCUGGAACUGUCCCUGGCAGAGACCAAACCCCAGGUCCCAAGUUCUCAGGAGGAAGAGGACUUAGCUCUAGCACAAGCGCUGUCAGCCAGCGAGGCGGAAUACCGACGGCAGCAGGCCCAGAGCCGCAGCUUGAAGCCGUCCAACUGCAGCCUGUGCUAGGGCCCUGGGCUUGGGGAGGGAGGCUCAGCUGAGGAGGACUGUGGCCCCCACACCUCUAGGGUACACAGGGAGAGGAGGCGGGGAGCAGCCAGGAGUGAAGACAAGGAGGCCACCUGCAGGGAGCAUCCGGAGGAGCACCUUGUGGAGUCAAGCCUACAGAAGGCCCUGGAAGAGAGCAGCUAGAACUGUCUGGUGGGUGGGCCCUCGGCGAAUGCUGGCCAGGCCCCGGACAGCCCCCUGCAUCAUGUCAUCCCCUUUACACUGAGGCUGCCCCCAUCUGUAGGGGGCAAGGAGGGGCCUGGAAGGAAUAAAGGAUCUUGGCAGUCA